AUGGGAAUGCAGAGCAUGAUAACCCAUGGCGUUGGUGGUGGCGGCGGUGCGAAGCAACUCCAACCCCAGUCCGAGACUCUGUCAAGGGAAGGAUCCCUGUACGGUCUCACCCUAAGUGAAGUCCAGAACCAACUGGGUGAGCCCCUGAGCAGCAUGAACCUCGAAGAGCUUCUCAGAAAUGUCCUCCCACCCGAGGGAGAGCAGACUCUGGCGGUGGACCUCCAGAGCACCGCGCAGUUUGGCUCCAGCUCUGGCCUUCAGGGCCAGGGAAGCGUGGGGCUGGGAAGAGCCCUCAGGAGGAAGACCGUCGACGAGGUGUGGCUGGACAUCCAGCAGGGCCAAAGAAAGGGCGAUGGCGGGACCAGGUUGGAUCCUGAGAGGCAGGCGAAUCUGGGGGAGAUAACGCUCGAGGACUUCUUGAUGAAGGCUGGGGUUGAUGUCAAGGACCGAGAGAAGAAGAGGCCCAGCAACAUGAGCUCCACAGGGAGCACUGAUCGGACUGUGGGGGCUGCUGGUUAUUCGAAGGGGGGCCAUUGGCUGCAAGCUUACCAUCAGCAGCAGCCUCAGCAAAGUGUGAUGCCCAUGUACGCAGCCUCGGCGCCACCACCGCCCAUUACCAUCCUAGAACCAGGGUACUCUGAUCCACGGCUGACCAUCUCAUCCCCGACGAUGGGAGCGCUCUCCGACACCCAGACUCCAGGCGGCAAGCGGGAGGCUUCUGAUUACGUGGGGGGGAAGACGGUCGAGAGGAGGCAGAAGAGGAUGAUCAAGAACAGGGAGUCUGCUGCCAGAUCAAGGGCUAGGAAGCAGGUCGGUUCUAUGUAUAUCUUCUUCCAUACUUGGCACUUAUGGAAGAUCAAGAGCAUUUAUACUAAUCAAUUUUCGAUACUUGGCAUUCCACUGAGAAACAUUCGUGCCUCAUCAUGGCCAGGCUUAUACUAAUGAGCUAGAGAAUAAGGUUUCUCGGCUGGAAGAAGAGAACAAGAUGCUGAAGAAGCAUAGGGUAAGGUUUCUAUCUCUGUUUCACCUGUGAUUGUCGCAUUUGAGAUUUUUACUAACCUACGUAGGAAGCUCACCCCUAACCUCUAGUAUCGCCUCAAAAUACUGUAUAUUAUUUUCUCCACAACUUACUGCUCUUGAUCGAUGGCAAUUAUUCAGAAGAGGAAACCUUUUUGAUAUCUUGUUCUUCAGUGUUAUGCAUUGACCAUCUGCUCCUUGCACUCUAUCUUAGAGUUAACCAGUUAAGAGCACUCUGAUAUAUGUAAUUGGAUUAUUCUCUUGAAAGAUCCAUAAUAAUAGUUGUGAGUGGAAGACUUUGGAAAAAUCUGUCACCCCCUGAUGGGGGACGUGCGAACUAUAUCAUAUAUACAAUAAAUUUGUAUAAUUUUUGAGUAAAUAAACACUUCCUCUGCUAACUGCUAAUCGCUCACAAUAGGCAACUUCAUAGCGGUUUUUAAGAGAGAGCAGAAAGAGAGUGCCACCCUUAAAGCUUCGGGAUCUUGCUGGAGAAGUGCCAAAACAGCUGGAACUUGGCCGGAUUUGGAAUUCCCAGCAUAGAUAAUCUUGUGGAUUCCGCUUGUGGGAGUUCAGUCCUUGGAGCUCAUCAAGAGGAGAGGUGGAAAGAUUGCAGAAUUUUGUCUGUGGUUGACUUUUAGAUCCAGCCCAGGAGGUAGAUGGCGGCUAUAUAAGUUUAUGAAUUCAGAUAGUUUCAUCUACACCGGCUGGAGAGAUUUGGGGUUCCGGGUGGGAGUUAAAUAUAUUGGGGAAUUGUUGAGGAUUUAUCCGACUGGUUUAAGUCAGAAUCAUUAUACUUUCCUCGUGAGUGGAGAUCUGGAGGAACUAGCUAGCUAGCUCGAAGAACUCUUUGGAGUCAGCGUGGUUCUUUUUCUCAUCUGGGGUCGCAAUCGUCUGAUAUCGGGCUUUCGGCCGUUUUCUUGCAGGACUUGGAGAAGCUUUUACACCGUAUGCCGCCCCCUGAAUCAAAGUUUCGUCUCCGAAGAACGAGCUCCGCCCUGUUCUGA